AUGGACUUCAGUGAUACGCAAAGCCGCUCAGACGAGCAAGGCAACAUCAACAUAACAGUGCACCAUCAAAACAACGCUCACUCCAUAUCGUUGCCAUACGGCUCGACGCUUCAAGAUCUUUCAGAUGUACUUUCAGAGAAAUUAUCCAUUCCAUCGCAGAAUCAAAAGCUACUUAUCUCACCGAAACCAGGGCUACAGAAGCCUCCGUUUCAUCCAACGUCGUUAUCCUCCUUACCCUUAGACUCCCCUCGAGCGAAGAUAACACUUCUGGGUAGUACCAGCAGGGAAAUAGAGUCCCUAAAGCGACCUGUGUCUUCAUCUCCGGUCCGGAAAUCAAUAAUAAAACCUGCGAAACCAUCUACACGCUCGACACAACCGUCUUCUUCCUCCCAUUAUACGUUCCAUAAGCUACUUCCACUUCCCUACCUACCCAACCCCGAACGCAGCUAUAAUUUCCUUGCGCGUCUACGAGAUGACCCUGGAAUCCGCACGGCGAUGGCUCGCCAUCGAUUCUCGAUACCUUUACUUACUGAAAUGGACCCGGCACAGCAUACGACGAUGUCAUCUCGUACGCUUGGUCUGAACCGGAAUAAAGGGGAGGUUAUUGAACUUCGCCUUCGAACGGAUGCAUAUGACGGCUAUAGAGAUUAUAGGACCAUACGAAAGACACUUUGUCAUGAACUUGCACAUUGCGAGUUUAGUGAUCAUGACCGAGAUUUCUGGAACUUGACGGGACAGAUUGAGAAGGAAGUAGAAAGAGCGGAUUAUUGGGGGAAUAAGGGCCGAAGCGUUAGUGAUCAAGAAUUUUAUAAUCCCGUUGACUGGGAAGAUAUGAAUGCUCAGGGGGUCGUGGACCACGGCGGUUGGACUGGAGGUGAGUUUGUCCUUGGUGGUUUAUCUGGGGAGUCGAGUGAGACGCCCUCGACAAGUUCUCAAAAGGGUCUGAGUAGAAGAGAGAUUCUGGCCAACGCCGCCGAGGCUCGAAUGGCGAAGAUGAAGUCUCCGGAUCACUCUGAAGAUAAUUCCGACAAUAGGGACGCAGGAAAUCCCUAA